GCGUGCAACAACUUUGCUCACGUAACAGAACAGCAAUCCCUCAUUCAUCGGGCACCAAGUUUGUCAGCCUCGUACUGUUAUAAUUAACAACCUACCUUGCUCGCACGGGACUGCUGCGCACAAACAGAAGAAUAAAGCAAAAAAAUUAGAGCAACACGUGUAUUAUCGGCCAUGCCCUCCGCCACAGCACAGCAUAAGCUUAAAAUCAGCAUUAUAGGCGCGGGUCCUGCGUCCCUGGCCCUCGGGUGCGUCCUCCAAAAACACGGCGUCGCAUUCACUCUCUUCGAGGCAUCGCCGGAGCUGCGCACGCAGGGCGGAUCUCUAGAUCUGCACCCGCAGUCUGGCCAACGCGCACUCAAGGCCGCCGGGCUAUGGGGCGAGUUUAAAAAGCAUGCACGGCCCGAAUGCGAUGUCAUGAAGAUAGUCGACAUGAGCGGCGAGAUCCUGUGGGACGAAAACGGGGCUGAUAAGCAGGCGAGCAAAGGGGGCGAGGCCGCCUUCGAUGCUCGGCCUGAGAUUGAUCGGUUGGCGCUCGCGACGCUCAUGUUUGACAAUCUCGACGCGGGCUCAGUGCGGUUUGGCAAGAAAGUUACGGAAGUGGUGCCGUCGGCCCAACACGGAAACAAAUACGACGUGCACUUUGCCGAUGGCACGCAGGAACUGGCGUGUGACGUUGUGGUUGGGGGCGACGGGGCGUGGUCAAAGGUUCGCAAGGCGCUGUCGGAUCAGGUGCCAGAGUACUCUGGCAUCUCGUCUGUGUGGGGGACAUGUGCCAAUGUCAGGGGUGAUGCGUGGCUGUUGCAGUAUGCGGGAGAGGGCAGUCUGAUGGCGUUUGGAGAGGGGUGUGCGGUGCAGAGUCAACGGCAGGGAGACGGGAGCCUGAGAACGUAUGCCUCGUUGCGCGUACCCGAGGACUUUUUGGAGACUUGCGGCAUUGACUGGACGGAUGCCCACACGGCGCGAAAGCAAUAUGUCGAGCGCUACUUCUCCCACGUCCACGAGGGCCUCCGGCGCCUGGUCCUGUCCUGCGCCGAUGGCCUGGAGCGGCGCUCCUUUUACGAGCUCCCGGUCGGUUUUCGCUGGCCGCAUCGCCAGGGCGUGACGCUGAUCGGAGACGCAGCGCACGUCUUCACGCCGUUUGCCGGCGAGGGAGUCAAUGUGGCCAUGGAGGAUGCCUUGGUGUUGGCGCAAGAGAUAGUCAAGGUGUGCAAUGGCGAGAAGAGCCUCGACGAGGGACUCGUGGAUUAUGAGGAGGAGAUGUUCCCGCGCUCAGCCAGGGCGGCGGUCAAGACGGCCAAGGGGAAGGAGGGCCAUUUCAGCGGCUCUGGAUCCAGGGAGUUUGCGGAUAGGCUCAAGGCACACUAUUCCCACGGCCAGGGCAAGCAGCAGCCAGGGCAGUGAGGUGAGGUGAGGGCGGGGCGCAAAUUGGACGUUGCCAAAAAAGGGCUUCAAUGGCUCCGUAGCAUCGCAUGAGGUACUAGGAAGCACUCGAAUAGGG